AGAUUUUCUAUUUUGUACAUACGCUAUUUUGUAUAUACUGUACAUGAUGACUUCAUUGAGCAAUGACCGUUGCCGAGGAGCUCGGGAAAAAACACAGAUACAAGCAACACAACCACAGAAACAAGUGGUACAGCUGUACAGACCUCUUGAUACUUCUAGAGCUCAGCCUGUGCUAUGUGUCGUUCCCAGGGCUUUGCAUGUAUUAGUCUAGAGGUCUACCACUGAGCUACACCUUAGCUCUUAUUUUGGCUUCUGAAGUUCUUAGAAUUUUGUCAUUCAUUGUAUUCCUAGAUAUUAUGAAAAUAAAAAUAAUCACAAUUACUAUAAUCUGUUGGUUCCCCCUCUGUUUCAUCCUUUCUUUUGUGUAAAGUUUUUCUGUUAAAAUACCUGGAGCAUGCACCUUACGAUUCAGUAAUCUGGCUAUUACUGAUUUUAUAUUCAUGGAUAAAUUUAAUGGUUGUCAUAAAAACGAAGUGCCCAUUUUUCCAUCGUUUUUACACCACAAGAAUCAACAUUGAAGACUACUGUGACCUCAAAAGGUAUGGGAUUUCUCCCCACUAGCCAACAAGCCGUUAUUCUUCAGCAGAUAUCAGAUGGGUUUUCUCUAAUCCAAUUCAGUUCUAACUCUCUCCGGAGAUAUUGUCAGAUCCCUCAGGAUAAGGACUGAGUCCCCAAGGCUAUUUACUCUACUCCACCUUUAGAUACCAGUUGCAAGCCCCAGAUUGCUGGAAGUUUACUUAUUACAAGGUACAAAUCAAGGUUUCUACAAAUUCCUCCUCAGCUUCUAUUAAUUUCCUUGAGCAGCUCACAGAACUUGACAUGGAAGCACUUACUUAGCUUUUUCAGUUUAUUAUAAAGAAGAUUACAAAGGAUACAGAUGAAGUGAUAUAGGGCAAGGUAUGUUGGAAUGGGCUCAGAGCUUCAAUUCAAUGUCCAGGUUCAGCUCUCUGAAAGCUCUCCAAACCCUGUCCUUUUGGGUUUGUAUGUAGAUUUCAUUGUGUGGGCAUUAUUGAAGCAUGGACACCUGUGUUGUAAUGUGAUUAGACAAAAAGGGUAUGAUCCAAUGCUUAUAGACAAGGUGGGUGGGUCCAUCAAGGUGUGUCUACUUCACCUUUUUGGCUUUGGCAGUAUUCCUUAUUCCAGGGUAUUAGCAGGAUGCCUCAGGAAUGAGAUGUGUCUUAUGAACUACUAUCUGGACAAGAAUAGAUCAGAGAAUUUGUUUAUGGCCAGCUCUAGGACAAAAACAUGGGCGAAGAUUAGAGUUUCUGUGGCUCAGUUUGGGAAAGAGAAAGUUAAAGAGAAACUCUAGUUUUGUGAUCUGCCUUGAUGAGAGAGUUAUGAGCCAGGAACUUCAGUUGAAAUCCACAGCGUACAUAUGAUAUCAUAUAUUGUUAAUCUGUUUUCUGUAUUUCUUGUUAAUUGAUGGCACAGCUUAUACUUUUGAUCAGGCUUAUGUUUUAUACUCUUACCAUCUUUCACCAAUAUGCAUGUAAUGUUCAGUUGCAUCUUUUUUGUGAUGUUCAGAGCUGUUGAUGUUUGAUGUCUAGUUAAGUCAUUGAGUUUGAAAAUUGAUGUUAGUCUUUUUGUUUGUUUCGGACUGAGACAUGGAUGGAACCCAGGCCUUGCACAUGCUAGGCAAGCCGUCUACCACUGAGCUAUAUCCCCAGCUUUUUUUAGAAUUUGAAACAGGGACUCACCAAGUUAUCCAGCCUGUCCUCGAACUUGAGAUCCUCCGGCUUGAGCCUCCUGAGUUUCUGGGAUUUGCAGGCAACAGCUGAACAAAUGCGUCUCGCUCAAGUGAUCUUUGAUAAGAAUGAUUCGGAUUUUGAAGCUAAAGUUAAACAGCUUAUGGAAGUGACUGGGAAAAAUCAGGAUGAAUGCAUAGUGGCCCUACAUGACUGUAAUGGAGACAUGAACAAGGCUAUUAAUAUAUUGCUGGAAGGUAAUUCAGACACGACUUCAUGGGAGACUGUAGGGGGGAAGAAAAAGAAUUUUGGAAAGGAAAGUUCAGAAAACAAAGAGAAUAGAGAGAAGAGAAUUGAAAGAGAAGCAAGUCGUGGACGGGUAAACAACAUUCGGAAAGGAAGAGGUGGUAAUCGUGGCAGAGACUUUAGAGGUGAAGAGAAUGGAAUUGAUUCUAAUCAAGGGGACAAACCUUCAGACCGGGGCAAACGAGCCCGUAGUAAAGGAUUUGGACGUGGCAGAGGGAGAGGAAUUGGAAGGUUCUCAGCCCAAAGCAUGGGGACAUUUAAUCCUGCGGACUAUUCAGAUUCUACAUCUGCAGAUGGGUGUGGGACAAAACUAGUAGUUUGGGAAGCUACUCAGAAUGGUGCAGAGGAAGGAACUGGUGCCUGGAAGAAUUCUAUGGAGGAGUGGACAACAGAGGACUGGACUGAAGAUCUUUCUGAAACAAAGGUCUUCACUGCCUCAUCUGUUCCAGCAGAGAAUCAUGUUACACCUACGCAAAGCAUUGAUCUAGUAUCCUUGCUCCAGAAGCCUGUUACUUCCAGUCAAGCCUCAGAAGUCAACUCCUUCGAAUCCUCCCAACAGCAGGGCUUUGGUCAAGCUCUUGUCUUCACAAAUUCUCAACACAACAAUCAGAUGGCACCUGGAGCUGGUAACUCCACUGCUGCCAACUCCUAUUCUCCUCAGAGUCUGUCAUCUGUCCUUGGCUCAGGAUUUGGAGAGCUUACUCAAUCAAAAAUGGCAAAUAUCACAAACUCCCAGAUAUUGGACCAUUUAAAAGCUCCAAGUUUGGGACAGUUUACCACUGCUCCAACUGCACAGCAGAAUAAUAUGAGUCCCCCCAAAAGUACUGCUUCAUGGGACCUCAAGCCCUCGGCAUCCCAGGCCUCCGUUCUCCGUCAUUUUGAUUUCAAAUCUCAGCCUGAACCAUCCCCAGUUCUUAGUCAGAUGAGCCAGCGACAGCAGCACCAGAGCCAGGCAGUUAGUGUUUCUACUUCUGGUUUGGAGUCAUUUCCUUCCCAGGCAAAACAUCAAGAAUCAGCACCUGGGGAUAGUAUCUCCACUAUGAACAAACUUUUGCAGCUGCCUAACAUGGCUGUUGAAAAUAUUGCUGUAUCUAUCCACCAACCACAACCCAAACACAUCAAACUCCCUAAACGACGGAUGCCUUCAGCUUCUAAGAAUCCAACUACUGCAGUGGAAAUGCCUGGUUCAGCAGAUGUCACAGGAUUAAAUGUUCAGUUUGGGGCCCUGGAAUUUGGAUCAGAACCCUCUCUCUGUGAAUUUGGAUCAGCUUCAAGCAAUGAAAGUAAUAAUCAGAUUCCCAUCAGCUUGUAUUCAAAGUCUUUAAGUGAUCCUCUGAAUACCUCUUUACCAAUGACCAGUGCUGUUCAGAACUCCACCUAUACAACUUCAGUCGUUACCUCCUCCAUUCUGACCAGCUCAUCCCUCAGCUCCACUAGUCCAGUUACAACGUCUUCCUCCUAUGACCAGAGUUCUGUGCACAGCAGGAUCACAUACCAAAGCUCUGCAAGUCCAUUGGAGUCAGCUCCAGGAACCGUUAAAAAUGGACAUGGCGGUGGUCGAAGUCAGCAGACAGCAGACACUACUUCAUCCGUUCCAGCUCCAAAGACAACAGACCCUCCUUCUGCCCUCCCAUCUGUGGGCUCCCUGCCCAGCACCACCUCCUGCACUGCGCUUCUGCCCUCUGCAUCCCAGCACACUGCCACUUUGCCCUCCUUGUCCCAGCCUGGUGACCUGUCCAGCAGCCCCCUCUCUCAGCUUAGCAGUUCACUCUCCAGUCACCAGAGCAGCCUGUCCUCUGCGCAUGCAGCACUGUCCUCGAGUACACCACACACCCACAACAGCUUAGAAAAUGCCCCUGCCCUGCAGUCCUCAGCUACCUUUUCCACGGCAGCAACCUCCGCCUCAAGCACCCCAUCCUCAGGUGUCAGCCUGCCUGGCAGCAUGAGCACAGCAAACAGCCUCUGCCUGGGAGGGACCACUGUGAACACACCCAGCAGCAGUACGAGGGCUGCACCCUUGGUGACCUCAGGCAAAGCACCCCCAAACCUCCCUCAGGGGGUGCCUCCCUUGCUGCACAACCAGUACCUCGUGGGCCCUGGAGGACUGCUACCUGCCUACCCGGUGAGCGCACAGUGGAACUCCUGGCCAUCCCCAGCUCCCCUGGCCUCAGGGCCUGGCACCUGGCAGGACCUGAUCUACGGGUAUGAUGAGCUCCAGAUGCUGCAGUCACGGCUGCCUAUGGAUUACUAUGGAAUUCCCUUUGCUGCACCCACAGCCCUUGCCAGCCGAGAUGGGAGCCUAACUAAUAAUGCAUAUUCAGGUGAUGUCACAAAGUUUGGCCGAGGUGAUUCUGCAUCCCCUGCACCCCCCACCACGCUAGCUCAGCCACAGCAGAGCCAAUCCCAGACCCACCACACAGCCCAGCAGCCCUUUUUGAAUCCUGCUCUUCCACCUGGCUAUAGCUACACUGGCCUCCCCUACUACACAGGCGUGCCCAGUGCCUUCCAGUAUGGGCCCACCAUGUUCGUCCCUCCAGCAUCAGCCAAGCAGCAUGGUGUGAACCUCAGCACCCCUACUGCCCCUUUCCAACAGGCCAGUGGUUAUGGCCAGCACAGCUACAGCACAGGUUAUGAUGACCUGAGCCAGGGGACAGCAGCAGGAGACUACACCAAAGGUGGCUAUGGUGGAUCAUCACAGGCAACGAACAAGUCUGCAGGUUCUGGGCCUGGGAAAGGAGUAUCAGUGUCUUCGAGUACCACUGGCCUGCCUGAUAUGACUGGUUCUGUCUACAAAACACAGACUUUUGAGAAGCAGGGAUUUCAUGCGGGGACCCCUCCACCUUUCAGCCUGCCCUCAGCCUUGGGCUCCACUGGGCCCUUGGCCCCUGGAGCAGCCCCUGGCUAUGCUCCUGCCCCAUUCCUGCACAUCCUGCCAGCCCACCAGCAGCCUCACUCACAGCUGCUGCACCACCACCUUCCCCAGGACACCCAGAGUGGUUCAGGUCAACGCAGCCAGCCCAGCUCCCUGCAGCCCAAGUCUCAAGCCUCCAAACCCACCUAUGGCAACUCUCCAUACUGGACAAACUAGACCCCCUAAGAGAGGAGUGGGUUUUGGGUUAGGGCUUACCCUGCGCAGGAGAGAACAUUUGGAGCACAUUUUGGGGAGCCCGGUGCCUUUCCCUAGAAUUUCUGAGACAUGUAACUGUCAGCCAAGCCUACCUGGGGAGCUCCCAGACUCACUGUUGUAUGUAGUGUAUUUAUGUAUCUAUUUGUAAAUGUAAGUGAAAUCCGGGGGAGUUGGGGUGUAGCUGCAGAUGGCAGCCAAUUCUGCUCUCCCCAUCCAGACCCCUUUUCAUUGUAGCCAAGUAAGGCCCCUGCACCUCUGAUGUGUUCAGACCUUCCACAGAGUCCCCGAUCCCCGGCUCCUAGGGACAGCCGCUGGAAGGGCUGGUUCAAGGCAUGUUCUGCAGUGGGAUCUGAUACCAAUGAAGAAUCACGACUUAUCUCACUCCCUUGUAACCAUUAUUUGAGUUUUCUUCAGCCUGCAAUUACUUUAUACCUGUUUUUGAAACUGGUCCUUUUGUCAUUUGUCAUGCUGCCAUUCCAGGGUAUCUUGAUCUGGGAAUAGCAGAGGUGAUCCAUUGCCCAAUGUAAAUCUGGGCCCUAUCUUCACAUAGAACAAGGGCUUCUGGUCUGGUCCCAUCCUUAGAAACUUACUGCCUUCUGGCUGACCACUUUAAAGUAAUCUGAUCUCAAGAUGUUGGGCCCAUCAGCUCCCCUUUAAAAUGCAAAGAUCUGCUUCCACUUUAGUAAAAGCCCAUCUCCAAGCAAAGACUCCUCUAUUCCAGUUGUCCUGAACCAGGUGGGCAGUGGUGUCAGGGGUUUUCUCUUGCCCAGUCUCCACCUAAUAAAGUUCUGAGAGCAUG